AUGGACAAGAAAAUAUUACAGGCUUCUUCACCUCGCCAAGACGAAGCUACCCCCACCAGUCUCGCUUGCAGCCGUGGCCGGAGUAGGAAAAUCUGCCGGAGAACCCGAGAGUCUUUCGAGCUCCGUCCUGCCUUCGUGGCUGCUAUUUCGGAGAAGGGAGGACAGGGAUCUACUUCGCACCGCCGAGAGGAAGCUAACGGCGCUAGUUGGACGUCGGGUGAUGGCCAGAAAAUAAUCACAUGCCUUGCCGAGGCCGGCGGGAACCUUGCCGGCGUUGUUGCGGAGGUCGGUGGAGAAGGAGGCGGUGAUGAUUGGGUCGUGGACGGAGGAGAAGGAUCGGGGGAUGGAGGGAUUGGGCUCGGAAGGGGAGAGGCAGGAGAGAGUGGGCUGGAGGAUGAAGAAGGUGGAGCCGAUGAGAAUGCCGACGAGGAUAAAGAGGAGGCUCGAUUGCUUGUGUAG